GUGAUAAGCACGAUCAUUUGUUCUGUGUCUGGGUGUAAUUUAUCUAUACUAUGUAUGUAUUUAGUAAUAUACAAGUAUAUGUAUGAUGUCCGCUGAGCCGUUACCACCAGAGCUGUGCUGACCGCGGCAAGAUGUUGGCGGCACUUUCCUUGUCUUCAAGCCAGAAUGAUGAUGAGAUCAUUAGACAAGACUUCGACGGACCACACGAGGAUGGCUCUUACAAAUGGGCAUUACAAACCGGUGGCGGAAUAUUUCAUGAGCAGAAAGGAGGUCUGCAGCCGAGUAGCUCCGGGGAGCCGAGCCUGUUCGUCCAGGGGCAGUAUCAGUACACAGCGCCUGAUGGACAGGUGAUAAACGUUCUCUACACAGCUGGAGAGAACGGGUUCGAGGCCCGGGGCGCUCACAUCCCCACCCCUCCCCCUAUUCCUAUUGCCAUACAGCGCGCACUCGACUACCUCGCUACGAAACCACCGACAACUGUUUAAAGUGACAAAAAUACACAAGUGACAUUUCUCCAUUCCAGAAUGACACUUUGGGAGUGACAAGUAUUUUAAUUCCAGAAAGACACUUUGUUUAAUGUCGGUUCAAAUAACAAAUGAUACGGAUAGCCGAGUGGUUGACGACAACACGCCAAACACAUUGACCAUGAUGGUUGCUGGUUUGAUCCCGUAAGACAGGCAUUUGUGUGAUCCACGAAUGCUUGUCCUGAGUCUGGGUCCCUUACUGCGGGAGUCAU